UGCAGCGGCCUAUCGUGGGUUGGGGUGAAAGGCCUGGGCCUACUUGACAAUCCCUGGCUCAGCUUCUCCAAGCCGGACGACAGUGUUCCGGUGGUUCGCAUCCUAUCAGCCGUCCAGCCGGGCUCUCGCCACAUUCUGGGCGUGGUGUAACGUUGACGAAUCAAGGGUUCAGUAAUCAAGGUGAUGGUGAUGACGGCCGGCAGGAAACAUUCAAAAACCGCGGAAGAAACCGCUCACGAUCCCCCCUCAGCUUGCCAACCACACUGACCAAGCUCCCAAGCCACCUGUGAUGGCCCUUUCCCCGGCCAAUCCUCCCGCUCGACGGCCCGAAGUUAUGAUUCCCUGGGGCCACCCUAGCUUCACCCGAGCGUUUGUGGAUGUAUCCCCACCCUGCAAGGCGCAUCAUCAACCCAGCGUGUCAAUACCGAUGCGUUCAUACCAUGGCCGGCGAGAUCGGCCCGGGGAUCUGAGGUACGUGAAGUCGGGGACGCAGGAUGAUGACAUGCAGGAAAGCCACAAGCAUCAUUCCUGUCCUGUAUUUCCAGAUCGAGUAGUGAGAAUCAAGUGUGCCACCCCAGUCUCCUCGUUUGGUCACACCAAUGGGGCCUCACGGAUAGCGCUGCAGGCAAGCGGACAGCUCACUUCCGUCAACCAUCCCGUUGGUCAGGUGGGACUCGCGGGAGGAUCCGGUAUUCCUAAAAGGGAUCCCAACGUCGAUUUGGGACUCGACGGCAGAUUUGAGGUAGAAAUCCGGAUGCCGAUUACACCACUUCGAGUUGGGCAUGGGUCACUCGGGUGCGAAACCCGGCGCCAUGUUUCUCGCCGUGGUAAUACAUAUGUGCCAAUCAUGCUUAUUUUGACGGAUGGGUGUGGCAGUCCUGGUGCCUCUAGAACAGCUGACCAAGCAAAUGAUCUCCUUGGGUCAUGUAAACGGUAAGCCAUGCACCCAAAACAUGAGGCCCACGCUCUUGCCGGUCUCCCGGUUGGUCUUGCGUCAGCGCCUCGACGUUAGUGCCAGACACGCCAUCGUGUCGGUUGACGGAGAUCGACAAUCCCCGACGCUAUCUGUCCGCUCGCCCAUGAGGAAUGUUAAAGUCGGAGUGGAUUGAGGCCGUCAGGGACCCAUCCUACAAGCAUGAUACCGGUGAGUGAGGCUGCGGUGGCGUCACUAUCCCGAGUCCAAGGGUGUCAAUGAGGAAACGCGGCAAUGGGCUGG